AAAAUUAUGCUCUCUAAGUUUGGACUCGAACCCCGGUCCUCCGUAAGCUUCAGUUUCGUGGACUCGUGUGUGCUUUGAACGUGUUUUAUUUGCAUGUUUUAUGGUGUUUGUUUCAUCGUGAUUGCGUCAUCCGCGAGCGUGUUAUUCUGACCAUCUCUUAACAACAAUGAAGGAAGGUAAAGUCUGCCCUCACCACGCCAGGCCAUGGGCGUGCAGAAGCUUAGGUGUGAUUUUGGCAAUAAUCACUCUUCUCGUUCUCCACGUUGCGUUUACACCGUCUUAUACAACUUGCCUCCUGAAAUCAUUAAAAGGUCCUUUGCCAGUCGAUGACCCAGAAUUCCUAACCUAUCUCAGACAAGAGGUUCUCGACCCCCCCUCGGACGAGCCCUAUAAUCUCUUGGGCGAAGAUAACAUCGGCCAUAAGAUAAGGGAGAGGAGUGAGGAGUUCUACGAGGAGAAACUGAGAGCCCUUUUUAAGGAUGUGCGCAACGGCUUCUUCAUCGAGGCCGGCGCUCUCGACGGGGAGACGAUGUCGAACACCCUGGCCCUGGAGCGGGACCUGGGCUGGACGGGCCUCCUCGUGGAGCCCGACGCCAAGAACUACCAGCUCCUGAGGGCGAAGAACAGGAGGGCUUGGUCGGCCAACGUCUGCCUCGCUCCGAGGCCUUACCCGUCCGUGGAACUGUUCAACGAGCCCCCGCAUCAUCCUGGACCGAUGGCAGUGCCACUGGGUGCCAAAAUGAGGGCAAUGCAUUCCCUGACAGAGUAUUCCAAUGACAAAAAUAUAGGUAAUGUGUGGUUUCUGAAAGUACCAUGUAUUCCCUUGGAGUCGCUGCUACUGGCGAUGCAGGUGAAUAGAAUCGACCUUCUCGUGCUCGACGUCGAAGGAGCGGAGAUGGCGAUACUUGACCACUUUGACCUUGAGAAGUUCAAUGUGCAGGUCCUGUGUCUGGAGUGGAAAAACGUUGCGGACAUUGACAGCAUCUCCGGCAAACUCCAGGGACGCGGUUAUGUUGAAGUGGCACGAAAAUUUGAAGACAUAAUUCUUGUGAAGAAAAACUCACCUUACGUCGGGAUCUUAGAGAAGAGAAGAUGAGAAGGGGGACGAGAAAGGAUGGAGGAAGAAGGGAGCAGGAAGGAAAAGAGAUACAAGGUAGAGAGGAGGAGGAGAAGAAGAAGAAGAAGAAGUUGAUGGUGAAGGAAAUACGGUGUGAUAUGAGUGUUGGUUGUUUCUUGAAGUUUAAGAAUGAUUUCAUGCCAAUUUCAA